AUGUACAUCACUCUCUACUUCAUCGUCACCCGCCUCCCUGACUCUCUUAGCGCAGUAGGGAACCUCCUUCUCGCCCUUGACCCCACGGACCUCACUGUUGACCUCCUCGAAAAACACCUCCUUGCAGCUGAGGCUAGCAUAGUUGCUGUAGGUGCUGCUCGUGGCACUCCUCGCACUCCCUUCUUUGAGGGGUGUUCCCCCUCUCCCCUAGCUCCCUCUUUCGCUUCUGCUGCUGCUAUUGACUUCCUUCGUGCUGAGGAGGUCGAGGCUGCGUCUGCUACUAGUGGGAGGCGCCGCAGCGGCAAGGGCAAGGGAGGCAAGGGUGGUGGGGGUGGCAGCGGUGGAGGUGGUGGUGGAGGCGGUGGAGGUGGUGGUGGUGGCGGUGGGAGUGGUGGUGGGAGUGGGGGCGUCGGUGGUGGAGGUGGUGGUUGCGGCGGGAGUGGUGGCGGCGGUGGGAGUGGUGGCGGUGGCAAUGGUGGCAGUCGGGGUGGAGCCGUUCGGAGGGGAGGUUCUGGCGGUGGCCAGCGGCAGCAGGAGCAGCGUCCACGCGAGACCCCUACGCCCCAGCAACUUCGUGAGUGGUUUGCUCAGCAGUUUGGCGACGAGUAUGAGCUCCCCGCUGGCUAG